AUGGCGCUGCCGGUGCGGCGGUGGCUGCCGCUGGCGCUGGCCCUGGCGCUGGCCCUGGCGGCGGCCGCGGGGCAGUCCCCGCUGCAGCGGCGCGUGGUGCGCGACGUGCUCGAGUAUUUCCACGGGCGCAGCAACGUGCACUUCCUCUUCAAGGAGCGGGAGCUGGACGGGGUCAUCGAGCGGGAGGACCCUUCGGGGACCUUUGUGCAGCUCCGCCUGGGCCUGGCACAGACCACGUGUCGGAAGCGAGCGCCGCAGCGGCACUGCCGGGUGCUGGAGAGCCGGCGCAAGCCGACCUGCCUGGCCUGCUACAAGUUCGACGCCGGCGACGCGCCCAAGGUGCUGGACAAGUACCACAACUGCGGCCCCAGCCACCACCUGGCGGCCAAGGAGAUCCGGCAGCGCGACGAGGCCGAGUGCCGGGCGGUGGAGGAGGCGGGCAGAGGAGGGGACACGCCGUACCUGCCCGGGAUGUUCGCCUUCUCCCGGGGGCUGCCGGCCUAGCCCCUCCGUGUCCCUUUCCAGGCUCCACGGCACCGAUGGACGCUGCCACCGCCUGCCCCGCUUGUCACCCCCCGGCCCCCUGUGACCCAGGAGGGUCCUGGACGUGUCCCCCCCUCCUGCCUGUCCCCUCUUGUCCCCAAUAAACCCAGCGCUGGCUCCGC